AUGACUGAAGCCAAACAAGAUUUAAUUGAAUUAUCAACAAAUCCUUUAGAUGUAUGGAUAAAUACACAUUAUGAUGAAUUGUGUGUAGGUAUGACGUGUAAAAAUGCUCUAUUCUGCAAACCAUCAGACAUGAAAGACAAGAAUUUCCAAAUGAGUAUUAAGGAUAAAUGUGAUAGGAAACAAAGAAAAAUAGAUGGUAAACAGACAUGGUAUUAUGUUUUGAAAGAAGAAAUGAAAGGAUUAUAUAAACAAGUUGAACCAAACGAUAAUGAUGAUUCAUUUACUGACGAUGAAAUACCUGUAAAUGAUGCUUUAUAA